AUGACCGAACCAACCCCCCCAAUCGAACAACACCCACCAACCUCGAGCACAGAUACACAUCCCCCGCCCACCACGGCAACGACAACAGCAACAGCAACAGCAACAGCAACAGCAACAGCAACAGCAACAGCAAAAACAACCACAAAUCUCCCCCGGAUCACCAUCAAAUACUGCACGCAAUGUAAAUGGAUGCUCCGAGCCGCUUAUUUCGCCCAGGAACUCCUCUCUACGUUUUCGACGAGUCUUGGUGAGGUUGCUCUUGUGCCGUGCACUGGGGGGACGUUUGUCGUGAGUAUCACGGCUGUGUCUGCGUCUGCGUCUGCGUCUGGCGCGGAGGGGGAGACGGAGGUGAAGGAGAGUGUGCUCUGGGAUCGGAGGGUUGAUGGGGGGUUUCCUGAGGUCAAGGUGCUCAAGAGUCGGGUGAGGAAUGUUGUUGAUCCGCAGAGGGAUUUGGGGCAUACGGAUCGGGCCUUGAGGAAGGAGAAUAGAGAUAGUCAGAAACAGAGUCAAGAAAAGGAAACGGAAAAGUGUGAGGAUUGUCAAUCUUAG